AUGAUCGCCCCCAACCAGUUUAUUCUUCCAGACCUUCUCUCCAACGUCCCCUUCAAAUCUUCCUUUAACCCUCACUACGAAGAAGCUGCCACUGAGUCCAGCAUCUGGAUAAAUAGCUUCAAAGCCGUGCCAGACCGAAAACGCGCCUUCUUCCUUCAAGGAGGUAGUGAGCUCCUCUGCGCAUAUGCUUACUGCUAUGCGACCCGCGAGCGACUCCGGACAACCUGCGACUUUGUCAACAUUUUGUUCACCGUUGAUGAAAUCAGUGACGAGCAAAAUGGGAAAGACGCUCACUCCACCGGUCGCAUCUUCCUCAAUGCUCUGCGUGACCCUAGCUGGGACGACGGCUCAGUAUUGGCCACGAUGACUAAAGACUUUCGAUCCCGCCUGCUCCAAGUUGAUGUGCCUGCUUGUCAUCGCCGAUUUGUCAAGCAUUGCGAAGAUUACGUCAACGCUUUUGCUGUCGAGGCGGAGCUUAGGGAGCGGCAGGAGGUCCUCAGCCUUGAUGCCUACAUGCCUUUGAGACGCGAGAACAGUGCCGUUAGGUUCUGCUUCGGUCUCUUCGGGUAUGUCCUCGGCAUGGAUCUUCCGGACGAAGUCUACGAACACCCAGUAAUGGUGCGCAUGCAUCUCGCGGCGGUAGACAUGGUCUGCUGGUCAAACGAUCUCUACUCAUAUAAUAUGGAGCAGGCUAUGGGACAUACGGGAAACAAUAUCAUGACGGUACUCAUGAAUGAGAAGCGCUGCGAUCUCCAGACCGCUGCGGACUACGUCGGCGUCCACUUCAAGACAUUGAUGGAUAGCUUUUUGGCGGACAAAGCCCGACUUCCCUCGUGGGGACCCAAACUAGACCCUGUUGUCGCAAAAUUUGUGAUGGCUAUGGAGAAAUGGGUUGCUGGAAAUUGCGACUGGAGUUUCGAGACGCAACGAUACUUCGGUCCUGCAUGCCAUGAGGUGAAGCGGACUCGUGUCGUCAGAUUGUAUCCUAAGCGCACGGAAGCAGAUUAG